AUGAAAAAAAAUAAAAUUCGAGAAAAGUAUAUAAAAAUUUUAUUUGAUAAAAUUGAUGACGAGAAGAUACAGAAGGAUUUAGAGUUUUCAAAUUAUAAUUACAAUUUUUUUAUAAAACAUGAUAUAUAUUAUUUGAAUAAGAAAUUUUACAAAGUGAAAAAUAUAAAUGACAUCACUAUAAAGAAGACAUUAUUAUUAUAUCUAUAUAAACAUAAUUUUUAUGUGCCUAAAAUAAUAAAAAGAUUAAUUUUUAAGAAAUUAUUACUACAAAAUGAAAAUAAUGAAAAUAAUGAAAAUAAUGAAAAUAAUGAAAAUAAUGAAAAUAAUGAAAAUAAUGAAAAUAAUGAAAAUUUUAAUUAUAACAUAUAUCUUUUAUUGUCGUAUUUAAAAAAUCCAAAUAUUAUAGAAGCAACACAGAAAAUCAUCGAUUUAGACGUAUUUAGAACACGCAUCAAUAAAGAAAAUGAGAAAACCAUUUAUUUCUUUAAUCUAUUCUUAAAUUAUGCAUGUAGUCAUUUUCAAUUUAAAUAUAAGCAAGGGCUGAACGAAGUUUUAGCACUUUUUUUUUAUUUGAAAGGAAAGCACUUUAAUAUGGUUGAUGUGUAUUUCUGUUUUGAAAGUUUUGUGGAGAAAUUUUUAAAAGAAUUUUACUAUGAUGAUGAGUUCUUUUUUUUGCAAAUAUCCUUUUAUCUGUUUAAAAUAUUAAUUAAAUAUCAUGAUCCUGUAUUGUCAGAAAUAUUAGAGAAUAAUAAGAUGACCCCCGAAAUUUAUGCGUCCUCAUGGUUUUUGACUUUGUUCGCUUCGAAAUGCAAUAUGAGGAUUUUAAAUUUAAUUUAUAUGAUAUUUUUAUUAGAGAAGAAUCCUUUUUUUUAUUUUUAUUUUUCUUUAGCUCUUUUAAUCUUACACAGAAAUAUAUUUUUAUGUGUUGAUAAUUCAAAUUUACCAGAAUUGUUAAGUAAAAUAAAUAUUUUUAAUAAAAAAUUUUUAAAAAAAGUAUGGGCUUUUGGAAAGUAUCUAGAACGACAGACCCCUGUUUCUUUUGUUCAUAAACUUUUUUUUAUAAAGAACGUGUUAAUACAUUUAACGAGUGAAAAUUCUGCAGAAAAUUAUGAGAAAAAAAAUGUUCUCUUAAACUUCUUUAAGUCUAUUGAUUAUAUGUCUGUAAAUUCUUAUGAGAUAUUAAAAAAUUUAUGUGAAGGAAAUAAUAAGUACCUUUUUUUGGAUAUAAGAUUGAACAGUCAUUUCAAAUCUUUUCACUUAUAUAAUUCUAUAAACAUGGAACUAGUUAAAAAUUAUUUAGACAUAUUUAAAAACACCAUCAGCGUUGAACAUAAGAAAGAGAAAAUAAAAAGAAAGAAAAAGAAAGCAUGUGAUAUGAAAAAAAUAUGGUACAUCCUAAAGGUCUAUGAUGAUAAAGAAGUCGUAGGAAACGAUAAAUAUCUUUUUUGCUUUUUGUUAAGAAAAAAAUAUAACAUGAAUUGUCUUGUUAGUUAUGAUGAUAAUAUUUUAUUAAAAAAGAAAACUGAUCAAGUGAAGAGAAAAUCAAAUCAAAUUAAUUUUGGAGCUUUAGAAAAUAAGAAUAGGAAAAAAUCAAAGUGGAACCAAUCAGAUAAGAAAAUAAAGGAUAAUGAAAAGAAGAGGGAAAAAAAAAAAAAAAAAAAACAAAAAAAAAAAUAUAAUAUUUCAGGAGCAAAAAAAAAAAGAAUGACUAGACAAAAAAGAGAUGAACUAUUUCAAGGUGUUAAUAAUAUUUUAAAGGUACAAGAAGAUUAUAGAAUUGAUUUACAUAGAAAUUUUUAUGAUAUUUUUAGAGGUAAACAAACUAGUAUUAUGAAAUCUCCUCAUAAAAUUAAAUUUAAAACACCUUUACAAACAAGCCAAAUAUAUUUACGGUAUAAAAUAAAUGAAGAUCACAAAAAAUAUUAUACAGAUGAUAACAUAUUAUGUAAUACGUUUAAUUUAACAUGUUAUCGCAUAAAAAAUAAAUAUAUUAUAGAUAAGAAAAAAUAUAUAAAGAAUAAUCAAGGAGAUCACGACAACAAUGAAGGCGAUGUGUUUAAAAGGAAUGUACAAAAUGGUGUAUCCACAAGUAAGGAUUUGAUUUGUAGACACACUAUUAAUAAUAAAGAUAAUGAUAUGGAUAUAUAUAAUAAUAAUAUGGAUAUAUGUAAUAAUAAUAAUUAUAUAUGUAAUAAUAAUAAUUAUAUAUGUAAUAAUAAUAAUUAUAUAUGUAAUAAUAAUUAUAUAUGUAAUAAUAACUAUAUAUGUAAUAAUAAUAAUUAUAUAUGUAAUAAUAACUAUAUAUGUAAUAAUAAUUAUAUAUGUAAUAAUAACGUUGGUGAGACGAAUGCUUGUGUGAUCAAUGAAAAGUAUGAACACAAAACCGAAAGAGAGUUUAAAAAAAGAUUCGAUUUUAAUGAAGGAAGAAAUAACAUAAUAAAUGUGUCAAAUGUAAAGAAAACAUGUAAUAUAGUUAAAAAUGAUUUAAAGGAAUCUAACGAGAUAAAAACUAAUAUAAACACAAGUUCUUAUAAUUUAUAUGUAUUAAUAAAAGAGAAUGUUUUGAAAGAGGUAAAUAAUUUACAUUUUUUUUUUAAAAAUGUAUACGUUCCAAAAAAAGAUGUAAUAAUUUUAUAUGACGAUGAUUUCCAUAAUACUAAGUAUGUACGUAAAUUAUAUUUUGAUUUAAUAUAUAAAUUGAAUAUAAAAAAUGUCUGCAUAAUUGAAGGUGGUAUAGAUUCUUAUCAUAAACAUUUUAUUAAUUUAUUUGGUAAAGAUAAUUUAAAAAAAGAUAAUGCAAGUAAUAAUAUAAUAAUGGAUAUAACUAAAUUAAAUGAUAUACAUAAUGUAGAUUAUAUGAAUAAAUAUAAUAAUGAUGUUUAUACAUGUGAAAAGAAUAUAUAUGAAGAAAAUAAGAUAAGGAAAUCUUUUGAAGAGAAUAAAUAUCUGAUUCAUAAAUCUGAAGCAUGUUAUAUGUGUAAUAAUAAACAUUUUAAACAUAUGAAAAAGAAAAUAUUAGAUGAAUUUUUUUUUGAUAUAUACAAUGAUUAUAAUAUGUUUGUAGAUUGUUAUGAUUUUAUACAAGGUAAAAAGGGAUAUAUGAAUUUUUUAGCUUUCAGCGAUUUAAUAAAAAAAAAAAAAGACAAGGAAAAUUUAGAUAGAGCAAAGAAGAAAGAAACAGGAAACGUACAGGAGGAAGGUAGUGCAUCUACUUUCUUCCCUCAAAUAUAUUCACUUGUGAAUUAUAUUAAAAAAAAAAAAAGUGAUAAAUAUGAUGAAUCUAAUAAUAAUGAAAUUCAUAAAAAAAAAGAUAUAUCGACAUCGCAAUUUUUUCAUGAUUCCCUUAAUAUUAGUAAGCACGACAACGGUGUAGAUAGAAGUAUGUGUAAUUAUAUUUCUAAACAAGAGGGGAAAAGCAAAUUUAUAAACACAUUUACGAAUGAAGCAAUGGAUGUGUGUAAUGAUUCUAAUAUAAAGAGAGAUUAUUUUAAUUUGAAUUUUUAUCUUGAUUAUUAUAAUAAAAAGAAGAAUGAAUUUUUAAAUGUGGCUAUAAAUCAUGAUGAAGAUAAGGAGGUGAACGACAUGUCUAUUCAUAAUAAUAAUAAUAAUAUCUAUAAUGAUAAUAUCCAUAUGGAUAAUAAUAAUAAUAAUAAUGAUAUCCAUAAUUAUAAUAUCCAUAAUAAUGAUAUCCAUAAUAAUAAUGAUAUAUAUAAUAAUAAUAUUCAUAAUAAUAAUAUCCAAAAUAAUAAUAUCCAAAAUAAUAAUAUCCAUAUUAAUAACCAUUAUAAUUAUAACUAUAAUCAUUCUAGUGAUAACAUUAUAAAUGAAAAGUGUACUCAUCAAGCGACAGUACAAAAACAAAAAAGAGAAUCGAAAGAUAAAGAGGAUCUACAAAAUAAUAAAAAUUUUAAACAAUGUGAUGAAAUUAUUAAUGAUAAGAUUGAACAUGUAUUUAUGGAAAAUAAUAUAAACGAAAAAAAUGAUAAAGAUAAAGACUGUUGUGUAAAUAAUAAUAAUAAUAAUAUAUCAAAUGCAUAUUUGUAUAAUAAUAAAUUAUAUAAUGAUGAAUUUUUAAAGAAUACAAAUAAUAAUGAUACACCAUGCAGUAAUAAAUUUUCUAUAUAUAGCAAUUUUUAUCCAGAUAAAAAAAAAAAAAUGUUAUCAAAUACAAGCUCAGAUAUAUAUAAUUUAUAUUCAUAUAUUGAUAUAGUAUGUUAUAAUAAUUUGUUAUAUAAAAAUAAUAGUAAGAUAUAUAAAUGUUUUAUUAAUUACAUAUAUCAACCUUUAAUUCCACAUAAUAUAAGAUCCAAUAAUAUUAUAAAUAAUUUUUUGAAAUAUGUAAAAUUUUUUAAAACUCUUAAAAAAAAAAAAGAUGUAAAUUCAAUAAAUGAUCCUAACAUAUAUUUAAAUUGUAAUAAGUUGGAUUCAAAAUUAUUUUUUAAUGGUUUAUAUUAUUAUCCAUUUAAUAAGAAUAUGAACAAUAAUAUGCCCUUUUCAAGUCCUUUCUUUACAUCAAAAGUUAAUAUAUCUCAAGAAAAAAAAAAAAAUAUGAUCAACACAUAUGGUGAUAACCAUGAUGAUCAAAAUAAAUUCAAUGAUUCGUUUGGAUUGAAUAUAGAAAAUCAGAAGUAUGAAGACAAAAAUUAUGUGAAUCCAUGUGACGUAUCAUAUCAACAUAAUCCUUAUAGUAAUAAUUCUAAUCACAUAUAUGAUGAUAAUUAUAUUUAUGAAAAAAUAAAAAAUAACGAAUUAAAAAAUGAUAAUCCCUUUAAUGAAAUAUUAAAUAAUUCAAUUUUAAAUAAUACCUGGAUAAAAAAUAAACCAGAAUUAGGCUUAUGUAAAUUAAUGAUAUAUGAUCAUUUUUUAAUUUUAUAUGGUACACCAUAUGUAUGCAACGUUCAUAUGAUAGGAAAACGCGCGAAAGAGGCCGAAAGGAAAAAUAAAGAACAGAAAAAUUAUGAAGACAAAAAUAAAGAAGACAAAAAUGAUGAGGAAAAAAAUGAUGAGGAAGAAAAUUAUGAACAAAAAAAUUAUGAACAAAAAAAUUAUGAACAAAAAAAUUAUGAACAAAAAAAUUAUGAACAAAAAAAUUAUGAACAAAAAAAUUAUGAACAAAAAAAUUAUGAACAAAAAAAUUAUGAACAAAAAAAUUAUGAACAAAAAAAUUAUGAACAAAAAAAAAAGCAUGAAAUAAUAUAUAAACAUUAUAAUGACGAAUCAUUGAAUGAUAAUAAUUCAAAAAUUUGUGAGGAGGGAAUAUGCAAUAAUAAUCCUUUGGACCCAGGAACGGAAAAUUUUUUAAAAGAGAGAAAAGAAUAUGUUGAUAAGGAAAACGUACCAUUUAUAUGUUAUGAUGAUAAGUUUGAUAAAAUAAUAAUACACAAAUAUAAAGAUCUUAAAAAAAAAGAUAUAUUAUUUAAUAUUGAAUGUUAUAAAUUAGAUGGGUUAUGUGUAAAUUGGAAUGAUAUGUCUGAAAAUAUAUUUCAUGGCAUAACAUUAGAACAUAUAAAUGAUACAUAUAAUUAUUAUAAAUCUUAUUUUAAUUUAUCCAAAAAUAAUUUAUCAUAUAAAAUUAAUACAAAUAAUAAUCAAAAAAAUAAUCACAAUAAUUAUUAUUUCUAUGAAUCUUCCACCUCUUCAUGUAGUAGUAACACUUCUUGUUCCAAUAGUUCGGAUGAUGAUGUUGAUUUUUCUUUUUCUGAUUACCAUAGUUUAUAUAAGAAAAAGUUUAAAAAUAAAAAAAAAGAAGCUCACAAAAAACAGGACAAAUUAUCUAAUCAAGAAUCUUAUAAAAAACAGAUUGAUGCAAUUAAUGUUUAUGGUAUUUUUGAUCUGCGUACUAUUCAUAAAAUAACCACCAAACAUAAAUUUACAAAAACGUUAUAUUUUUAUUUUUCAACAAACAAGAGUAUUCCCUUAAUGGUUUUAAAUUUCGAGAGUGAAUUGGAAGUGCAGUCGUGUAUUUCCGCUGUUCAGGAAAUAUAUUCUUCUUUUACAAAAAAAUAA